AUAUUUAAGAGCAGAUAUCAGAGCUGUGCUGCGACUGCAGUGAUGAAGAUGAUCGACAUACUCAGUGUAGCAUUUUCCAUCGCUCUCCUAACGAGAGGAUGUGAUGCACAACUGAAUGAGUGUGGCAGAACACCUCUCAACACAAGGAUAGUUGGAGGACAGAAUGCACCAGCUGGUGCUUGGCCGUGGCAGGCCAGUCUUCACACGGGCGGUAGCCAUUUUUGUGGUGGAUCACUCAUCAACAGUGAAUGGGUUCUGACUGCAGCCCACUGCUUUCAAAAAAUUACUUCAGCCAGUGACCUAACUGUGUACCUGGGGCGACAGACACAGGAAGGAACAAAUGAAAACGAAGUGUCCAGAAGUGUCUCUCAAAUCAUAAAACAUCCAGGCUACAGUAGCAACACUAAUGACAACGACAUCACUCUUCUGCAUCUGUCUUCACCGGUGACAUUUACAAACUAUAUCAGACCAGUCUGUCUGGCUUCAGCAAACAGUACAUUCUUCAGCCGCACUGUAAGCUGGGUCACCGGAUGGGGGAGAAUAGGGGCAAGCACUUCCCUGCCCUCACCGCAAACUCUACAGGAAGUUGAAGUGCCUGUUGUUGGAAACAGGCAGUGUAAGUGUCUUAAUGGAGUCUCAACAAUCACAGACAACAUGAUAUGUGCCGGAGCACUAGAAGGAGGGAAAGACUCCUGUCAGGGUGAUUCUGGUGGUCCUUUGGUCAGCAAACAGGGCUCAGUCUGGGUCCAGUCUGGAGUUGUGAGCUUCGGCGAUAGCUGUGCUUUAGCUAACUUGCCCGGUGUGUAUGCCCGAGUGUCUCAGUACCAGAACUGGAUCAAUGAGCAGAUCUCCACCAACCAGCCAGGCUUUGUUACGUUCACCUCCAAUGGUACCGACGGUGACCUGGCAAUAUUCUGUAAAGGUGUGCCUGAAAUCACAACAACCACUGCCACCACUAAAGCUACAACUACAACUACAACAACAACAACCACAACUACAACUACAACCGUUGCACCUGUAGUGUGUGGAAGUGCCAAACUGAACACCCGUGUUGGAGGAAACAUCUCCCUCGUAUCUCCUGGUGUUUGGCCAUGGAUGGCCAGCCUGCAGUUUAACGGCAGUCACGUUUGUGGAGGAACGCUGAUUGCUGAACGGUUUGUCAUGAGCUCUGCCAGCUGCUUAACCAGAUCCACCAAUGCCUCUGACUGGACCGUGAUCCUGGGCCGUCUGAAUCAGAACAGCUCUAACCCCAAUGAGGUCUCUAUAAAAGUGGCGAAUAUCACACUCAGCAACAGUACGGGUGACAACGUUGCAGUCUUGCAGUUGGCUGUCGCACCAAAGCUCACAAAUUUCAUUCAGCCUAUAUGUGUGGACAUGGGAGACAAUACCUUCAGCGCUGACACUCAGUGCUGGGCGGCGGGAUGGGGCGCAGGAGCAGGAGGAGUGAAUCAGACUCUUCAGGAAUACCAGACCUCUGUUGUGAGUUGUGGAAACUCAUCCUCAAACAACAGUAUUUGUACAAGUUCCUUGAACUUACAGGAGGGUGAUCAGGGUGGUCCGCUGAUGUGUAAACUGGGUCAGUCAUGGAUCCAUGCUGCAGUUUUGACAUUACAGAGCAGCAUUUCAAACAGCAGCAGCUCUAACACAAGCUCCAGCAACAGCACUCGAGCAUCCCGCUCUGCUCGCGCUCAAGAUGUCCAGGUCUUCACUAAAACAUCCAACUUUGCCUCAUUCCUGACAUCUGUUGUGGGUUCCUUCCCUGCAAAAACCACAAACUCCACAAGUUCAACUACAAGUGCAGCGGCCAACAAGCCAUCCCAACAAGCCAUCCCAGCUGCCUCUAGUGGACCACAAGCAUCUUCUUCCUUCUGUUUUACCGUUUCAGUCCUUUUGUCAGUUCUGACAGUUCUUAAAAUCUUUCUAGGCCUCAACUUUUGAGAUGAAUGUUACUGUAAGUAUUCAGACACAUAAUAGAUGUCUUCAAUUUUCCUCAUGUGACUGAUUACAUAAUCAUACAAUAUAAAAAUAGUUUGUGGGGCACAUAAUUCACUUUUACUACACAAAUGUGAAAAUUUACAAUCUCUAUUGUUAUCUCAG